UUUUUCUGAAUAUGUGAAAGUGUGGAAAAUGAAGUUAGGUACUGGCGUUGUGCAGAUUCCAGCGUGUUGCAGCGCCAAGAACCUGUAAUUUCUUUGGUCGCUUCCGUUUGAGGAUAAAAAACCAGCUGCGCCAUGAAUUCAGAAACUGCAGCUGUGUGUAAAUGGAUCAUCUGUCUUGCAGUGCAAGAUGUGGUGUCAAUUCUACCAAAUCUCAAGCUGAGUUGAUAAUAGAAACAAGUAAUCUGGCUGUUUCUUGAACUGCCCUUGUUGCGAUCAUAUGUAAAGCACUGCAUGUCGGGAUGCAGGGCAGUUAGAAAGUGAAGCAAUCAAGCUGCUGGGGAAGCAACCACUCCUGCGAUGCAACGAAAUGUAGCAGCUAGCCAGCAAUUCCACUGCCAAAGCAUAUCCAGCUGCUGCAUUGUCAUCACCAAACAACUCCCCUGCAUUUCAAUCUGCUUCUAUAUAUUGCUCCCUUCCUGUUCAUGCAAUCCAUCAGUUCAUCUGCCAAUUAAUUGCCAUCUGAAUCAAAACCGACAAUUCUUGGCCAGCAAACAUGAACGGCAGCACCAGCGAGGCCGCCACCGUCAUCCACAUGGACGACGGCAAGGCCCCGGUUGCACCCCCACCAGCAGCAGGAGCAGCCGCGUCCGCGUCCGACGCCACUGCUCCCAGUAGCGCUGCACCGGCGCCGCGCAAGGCCGCUGUUGGUGGUGGUCUCCCGUUCCUCCUGCGCAGCGGCGCUGACGGCUUCCGGCGCUGCCUGGCCGUCAUCGACUUCCUGCUCAGGGUGGCCGCCUUCGGGCCGACGCUGGCCGCCGCCAUCUCGACCGGCACCUCCGACGAGAGGCUGUCCGUGUUCACGCAGUUCUUCCAGUUCCACGCAAGAUUCGACGACUUUCCCGCUUUCACGUUCUUCAUGGUGGGAAACGCGAUCGCGGCGGGUUACCUGGUGCUGUCGCUGCCCUUCUCCGCCGUCGGCAUAAUCCGACCCAAGGCCACCGGCGUGAGGCUCUUCCUGCUCGUCUGCGACGUGGUCAUGAUGCUGCUGCUGACGGCGGCCGGCGCCGCGGCGGCUGCCAUAGUGUACGUGGCGCACUGGGGGAACCGGCGCGCCAACUGGGUGCCCAUCUGCAUGCAGUUCCAUGGCUUCUGCCAGCGCACCAGCGGCGCCGUCGUCGCCUCGUUCCUCGCUGUCCUCGUCUUCAUCGUCCUCAUCCUCAUGGCUGUCUGCGCCAUCCGCAGGCGCUAGCGAGCUCUCUGUCCAGCUGCUGAACAGAGACGAGAAUGCAUCCGGCCGGCAUAUAGCCAGUGUCUUUGAGUCGAUUCUUGUUUUCAGUGUGCUUGCUCUGUUUGAAAUGUCUGGCUUCUGAUUUCUCUCAUUCAUAUAAGUAUCAAGAGUUCGUCUAUGUAUCACCUCCCUUGUGUCAUAUUCAUAUAAGUAACAAGAUCACAUCGGCAAGUGACCGUGUAAGUGUGUUUUAGUAACGGA